CUGGAGGACUAGCGAGGAAGAGUUGAGAGAACGGAGCGGACGCCAUGGCGACCAACAUCGAGCAGAUUUUUAGGUCUUUCGUGGUCAGUAAAUUCCGGGAAAUUCAACAGGAACUUUCCAGUGGAAGGAAUGAAGGCCAGCUGAAUGGUGAAACAAAUACACCCAUUGAAGGAAACCAAGCGGGUGAUGCAGCUGCCUCUGCCAGGAGCCUGCCAAAUGAAGAAAUAGUACAGAAGAUAGAGGAAGUACUUUCUGGGGUCUUAGAUACUGAACUACGAUGUAAGCCAGACAUGAAAGAGGCCUCCAGAAAAAGUAGAUGUGUAUCUGUACAAACAGAUCCUACUGAUGAAAUUCCCACCAAAAAGUCAAAGAAGCAUAAAAAGCACAAAAACAAAAAGAAGAAAAAGAAGAAAGAAAAGGAAAAAAAGUAUAAAAGACAGCCAGAAGAGUCUGAGUCAAAGCCGAAAUCUCAUCAUGAUGGGAACAUAGAUUUAGAGUCUGAUUCCUUUUUAAAGUUUGAUUCUGAACCUUCAGCGAUGGCACUGGAGCAUCCUAUGAGACCAUUUGUCCCAUCUGAGACCAGUGAAUCCCCUGCAGUUGUGCUAGAACCACCUAUAGUAUCAAUGCAGGUAUCAGAGCCACACAUCUUAGAAACUCUGAAGUCAGCUGCAAGAACUACAGAACUGUCGGUUGCAUCUACAUCAGUAAUCUCAGAGCAGUCUGUGACAGUAAUGCUGGAACCAUCCGUGACAAAGAUCCUGGAUUCCUCUGCAACAGCACCAGUGUCUACUACAACAGUGGUGCUUAAGUCAUCUGAGCCAGUUGUAACAAUGUCGGAGUAUCAGAUGAAGUCUGUGCUGAAAUCUUUGGAGAGCACAUCUCCAGAGCCAUCAAAGAUCAUGUUGGUAGAGCCCCCAGUAGCUAAAGUAUUAGAGCCAUCAGAAACCCUUGUGGUAUCAUCAGAGACACCUACUGAGGUGUACCCUGAACCAAGCACAUCAACAACAAUGGAUUUUCCAGAGUCAUCUGCAACUGAAGCGCAAAGAUUGCCAGAGCAGCCUGUAGAAGUACCACCGGAGAUUGCAGAUUCAUCUAAGACAAGACCACAGGAGUUGCUGGAGCUACCUAAGACCACAGCGUUGGAGCUGCCGGAGUCGUCGGUGGCCUCAGUGAUGGAGUUGCCGGGGCCACCUGCGACCUCCAUGCUGGAGUUGCAGGGGCCCUCUGUGACUCCACUGCUGGAGUUACCUGGGCCCUCUGCUACCCCGGUGUCCGAGUUGCCAGGGCCCCUUUCUACCCCAGUGCCUGAGUUGCCAGGGCCCCCUGCGACAGCAGUGCCUGAGUUGCUGGGGCCCUCUGUGACACCAGUGCAACAGUUGUCACAGGAAUUGCCAGGGCUUCCAGCACCAUCCAUGGGGUUGGAGCCACCACAGGAGGUGCCAGAGCCACCUGUGAUGGCACAGGAGUUGCCAGGGCUGCCUAUGGUGACAGCAGCAGUAGAGUUGCCCGAGCAGCCUGCGGUAACAGUAGCAAUGGAGUUGACCGAACAACCUGUGACGACGACAGAGCUGGAGCAGCCUGUGGGGAUGACAACGGUGGAACAUCCUGGGCAUCCUGAGGUGACAGCGGCAACAGAGUUGCUGGGGCAGCCUGAGGCAGCAAUGGUGCUGGAGUUGCCAGGACAGCCAGUGGCAACAACAGCGCUGGAGUUGCCGGGGCAGCCUUCGGUGACUGGGGUGCCAGAGUUGCCAGGGCUGCCUUCGGCAACUAGGGCACUAGAGUUGUCAGGGCAGCCUGUGGCAACUGGGGCACUGGAGUUGCCUGGGCAGCUCAUGGCAACUGGGGCACUGGAGUUCUCGGGGCAGUCUGGGGCAGCUGGAGCACUGGAGCUUUUGGGGCAGCCUCUGGCAACAGGGGUGCUAGAGUUGCCAGGGCAGCCUGGAGCGCCAGAGUUGCCUGGGCAACCUGUGGCAACUGUGGCGCUGGAGAUCUCUGUUCAGUCUGUGGUGACAACAUCGGAGCUGUCAACGAUGACCGUGUCGCAGUCCCUGGAGGUGCCCUCGACGACAGCGCUGGAAUCCUAUAAUACGGUAGCACAGGAGCUGCCUACUACAUUAGUGGGGGAGACUUCUGUAACAGUAGGAGUGGAUCCCUUGAUGGCCCAAGAGUCCCAUAUGUUAGCUUCUAACACCAUGGAAACCCAUAUGUUAGCAUCCAACACUUUGGACUCCCAAAUGCUAGCCUCCAACACCAUGGACUCCCAGAUGCUAGCGUCCAACACCAUGGACUCCCAGAUGUUAGCCUCUAGCACCAUGGACUCCCAGAUGUUAGCUACCAGCUCCAUGGACUCCCAGAUGUUAGCUACCAGCUCCAUGGACUCCCAGAUGUUAGCAACUAGCACUAUGGACUCCCAGAUGUUAGCAACCAGUUCCAUGGACUCCCAGAUGUUAGCAACCAGCUCCAUGGACUCCCAGAUGUUAGCUACCAGCUCCAUGGAUUCCCAGAUGUUAGCAACUAGCUCCAUGGACUCCCAGAUGUUAGCAACCAGCACCAUGGACUCCCAGAUGUUAGCAACCAGCACCAUGGACUCCCAGAUGUUAGCAAGUAGCUCUAUGGAUUCACAGAUGUUAGCAUCUGGUACUAUGGACUCUCAAAUGUUAGCUUCUGGCACCAUGGAUGCUCAGAUGUUAGCGUCUGGUACAAUGGAUGCCCAGAUGUUAGCAUCUAGUACCCAAGAUUCUAUGUUGGAUUCAAAAUCUCCUGAUCCCUAUAGGUUAGCUCAGGAUCCUUACAGGUUAGCUCAGGAUCCUUAUAGGUUGGGUCAUGACCCCUAUAGAUUAGGUCAUGAUGCCUAUAGGUUAGGACAGGACCCUUACAGAUUAGGCCAUGAUCCCUACAGACUAACUCCUGAUCCCUAUAGGAUGUCACCUAGACCCUAUAGGAUAGCACCCAGGUCCUAUAGAAUAGCACCCAGGCCAUACAGGUUAGCACCUAGACCCCUGAUGUUAGCAUCUAGACGUUCUAUGAUGAUGUCCUAUGCUGCAGAACGUUCCAUGAUGUCAUCUUAUGAACGCUCUAUGAUGUCUUAUGAGCGGUCUAUGAUGUCCCCUAUGGCUGAGCGUUCUAUGAUGUCAGCUUAUGAGCGCUCUAUGAUGUCAGCCUACGAGCGCUCUAUGAUGUCCCCUAUGGCCGAGCGCUCUAUGAUGUCAGCCUAUGAACGCUCCAUGAUGUCAGCUUAUGAGCGCUCCAUGAUGUCCCCAAUGGCUGAUCGAUCGAUGAUGUCCAUGGGUGCUGACCGGUCUAUGAUGUCAUCGUACUCUGCUGCUGACCGGUCUAUGAUGUCAUCGUACUCUGCAGCUGACCGAUCUAUGAUGUCAUCUUAUACUGCUGAUCGUUCAAUGAUGUCUAUGGCUGCUGAUUAUACUGAUUCUUACACUGAUACAUACACAGAGGCGUAUAUGGUGCCACCUUUACCUCCUGAAGAGCCCCCAACAAUGCCACCAUUGCCACCUGAGGAGCCACCAAUGACACCACCAUUGCCUCCUGAGGAGCCACCAGAGGGUCCAGCAUUACCCACUGAGCAGUCAGCAUUAACAGCUGAAAAUACUUGGCCUUCAGAGGUGCCAUCAUUACCUCCUGAAGAAUCUGUAUCACAGCCUGAACCUCCUGUGAGUCAAAGUGAGAUUUCAGAGUCUUCGGCUUUGCCUGCUAAUUAUUCAGUGUCAGCAUCAGAUCCCUCAGUGUUAGCAUCAGAGGCUGCCGUGACUGUUCCAGAACCAUUGCUAGAGCCAGAGUCUUCAGUUACAUCUCAGUUACCUGUAGAGUCUACAGUACUAGCAGAGGAACAUGAAAUUAUUCCAGAGAGACCAAUGACUUGUGUGGUGUCUGAAACUCCCAUAAUGUCAGCUGAACCUACUAUGUUAACAUCAGAGCCUCCUCUUACAUCAGAGACAGCAGAAACAUUUGAUUCCAUGAGAGCCUCAGGACAUGUUGCUUCAGAGGUAUCUAUGUCCUUGCUAGAGCCAGCAGUAACUAUUCCAGAAGCAGCAGAGAGCAGCAUUUUGGAGUCACCAGCUUUGGCUGUCCCAGAGUCUCCAGCCAUGGUUGUCCCAGAGCCACCUGCUUUGGCCAUUCCAGAGCCCCCUGCUGUGGCCAUGACUGAGCCUCCUGUCAUGGCUGUCCCAGAGCCUCUAGUUGUGGCUGAGCCAGAGCAUGUUACCAUUCCUGUGUCAGUUGUUUCUGCCCUGGAACCUACUGUCCCUAUCCUGGAACCAGUGGUGUCAGUCCUCCAACCUGCUAUGAUUAUUUCAGAACCAUCUGUUUCUACCCAGGAAUCCUCUGUGACAAUUUCAGAGUCUGCUGUGAAUGUCUCGGAGCAGACUCAGGUAAUAUCAACUGAAAUGGUUAUAGAGUCUACACCACUGAUACUGGAGUCUAGUGUUAUGUCCUCAGCACAUGUUAUGAAAGGAAUGAAUAUGUUAUCUGGUGAUCAAAAUCUUGCUCCAGAGGUAGGUAUGCAGGAGAUACCAUUGCAUUCAGGUGACGAGCCACAUGAAGGGUACCAGAAAAGUGACUAUUAUGAAAGUGAGCAUGGAAUAAAUACAGACAUUAAUAUAAAUGAUGAUUUAAUUGCUAAAGAAAUGGAACAUAAUACAGUGUCUGCUGUUAGCACUGAUCCUGUUGGUGAAAUUGGUGAAGAGAAAAUUUUGCCUACCAAUGAGACUAAACAAUGCCCAGUAUUGGAUACCUACCCUGGUGUCAGUGAAGCUGAUGUAGGAGAAACUCUAUCUUCUACUAAUUCUCUUGCUCUGGAACUUGAUGCAGUGGGAACUCCUAAAGGUAUUGAAUUUAUCACAGCAUCUGCUCUCAGUUCAGUUAAUAAAUAUGAUGUUGAAUUCUCUUUAGCUACUCAAGAUACUGAACAUGACAUGGUAAUUUCAACCAGCCCCAGUGGUGGUAGUGAAGCUGACAUAGAAGGACCUUUGCUGGCUAAAGACAUUCAUUUUGAUUUACCAUCUAGUAAUAACCUUGUUAGUGCUGAAGAACCAUUACCUGUAAGAGAGAGUGACCAGACAUCAGCAGUUGCUCUCAGCCCUAAAGAAACUAGUGGAGUUGAAAAAGAGGCACCUCUCCCUCCUACAGAGAUAGCUGAUUCAGAAUUAUCUGCAAACAUUGAGGCUAUUAAUGAAGCAGAUUUAGUGAGACCAUUACUUCCUAAGGACAUGGAGCGUCUUACAAGCCUUAGAGCUGGUAUUGAAGGACCUUUACUUGCAAGUGAAGUUGAACGUGACAAAUCUGCUGCCAGUCCAGUUAUAAUUAGUUUGCCAGAAAGAGCUUCAGAAUCUUCUUCAGAGGAAAAAGAUGAUUAUGAAAUUUUUGUAAAAGUUAAGGACACACAUGAAAAAAGCAAGAAAAAUAAGAACCGUGACAAAGGUGAGAAAGAGAAGAAAAGAGACUCUUCAUUAAGAUCUCGAAGUAAAAGGUCCAAGUCUUCUGAACACAAAUCACGCAAGCGAACCAGUGAAUCUCGUUCUAGAGCAAGGAAGAGAUCAUCUAAGUCCAAGUCACGUCGCUCUCAAACACGAUCACGGUCACGUUCCAGACGUAGGAGGAGGAGCAGCAGAUCAAGAUCAAAGUCUAGAGGAAGACGAUCUGUAUCAAAAGAGAAGCGCAAAAGAUCUCCAAAGCACAGGUCCAAGUCUAGGGAAAGAAAAAGGAAAAGAUCAAGCUCCAGGGAUAACCGGAAAACAGUUAGAGCUCGAAGUCGCACCCCAAGUCGUCGGAGUCGAAGUCACACUCCGAGUCGGCGAAGAAGGUCUAGAUCUGUGGGUAGAAGAAGGAGUUUUAGCAUUUCCCCCAGCCACCGGAGCCGUACCCCUAGCCGCCGGAGCCGCACCCCCAGCCGCCGGAGCCGCACCCCCAGCCGCAGGAGCCGUACCCCCAGCCGCCGGAGCCGCACCCCCAACCGCCGGAGCCGCACCCCCAGCCGCCGGAGUCGGACCCCCAGCCGUAGGAGAAGAUCAAGGUCUGGGGCAAGACGACGAAGCUUCAGUAUAUCCCCAAUCAGAUUGAGGCGAUCAAGAACACCCUUGAGGAGAAGGUUCAGUAGAUCUCCCAUCCGUCGUAAAAGAUCCAGGUCUUCUGAAAGAGGCAGAUCACCCAAACGUCUGACAGAUUUGGAUAAGGCUCAAUUACUUGAAAUAGCCAAAGCUAAUGCAGCUGCCAUGUGUGCUAAGGCUGGUGUUCCUUUGCCGCCAAACCUAAAGCCUGCACCUCCACCUACAAUAGAAGAGAAAGUUGCUAAAAAGUCAGGAGGAGCUACUAUAGAAGAACUAACUGAGAAAUGCAAACAGAUCGCACAGAGUAAAGAAGAUGAUGAUGUAAUAGUGAAUAAACCUCAUGUUUCGGAUGAAGAGGAAGAAGAACCUCCUUUUUAUCAUCAUCCCUUUAAACUCAAUGAACCCAAACCCAUUUUUUUCAAUUUGAAUAUUGCUGCAGCAAAGCCAACUCCACCCAAAAGCCAGGUAACAUUAACAAAAGAAUUUCCUGUCUCAUCUGGAUCUCAACACCGGAAAAAAGAAGCUGAUAGUGUUUAUGGAGAGUGGGUUCCUGUAGAGAAAAACGGUGAAGAGAACAAAGACGAUGACAAUGUUUUCAGCAGCAAUUUGCCCUCAGAGCCUGUGGACAUCUCUACAGCAAUGAGUGAACGGGCACUUGCUCAGAAAAGACUCAGUGAGAAUGCAUUUGAUCUUGAAGCCAUGAGUAUGUUAAACCGAGCUCAGGAAAGGAUUGAUGCCUGGGCUCAGCUGAACUCUAUUCCUGGCCAGUUCACAGGAAGUACAGGAGUACAGGUUCUGACACAAGAACAGUUGGCCAAUACUGGUGCCCAAGCCUGGAUUAAAAAGGAUCAGUUCUUAAGAGCAGCCCCGGUAACUGGAGGAAUGGGAGCCGUUUUGAUGAGAAAAAUGGGCUGGAGAGAAGGAGAAGGAUUAGGAAAAAACAAAGAAGGAAAUAAGGAACCGAUCCUAGUUGAUUUUAAGACAGACCGAAAAGGACUUGUUGCAGUAGGAGAAAGAGCACAAAAGAGGUCUGGGAACUUCUCUGCAGCAAUGAAAGAUCUGUCAGGCAAGCAUCCUGUGUCUGCCUUGAUGGAAAUCUGUAAUAAGAGAAGGUGGCAGCCACCAGAAUUUCUCUUGGUCCAUGAUAGUGGCCCUGAUCAUCGCAAACAUUUUCUCUUUAGGGUAUUGAGAAAUGGAAGCCCUUACCAGCCCAAUUGUAUGUUUUUCUUGAAUAGGUAUUGAUAAAUGGAAGCGCUUACCAGCCCAGCUUUGCCAGCCCUAAUAAGAAGCAUGCUAAAGCCACAGCAGCUACUGUGGUUCUUCAAGCAAUGGGCCUUGUACCAAAGGACCUCAUGGCUAAUGCCACUUGCUUCAGGAGUGCCUCACGUAGAUAGAUUGAGGUUUUAUAAUAAUCAUUUCAGAUAAUUUUACUCUGCAUCACAAUGUAUUUCCUCUUUAAUGUUGUAAAUAUUUGGCAAUUUAAGACAUUGUGUAAAAAAGCAAUCUGUACAAACAUCUCCAGGCUUUGAUUUUUGUACCAUGGAAAUUGUAUUUAACCAUACAGGGUUUUGGUAUGUUUAUAUUGUUUACCUUAGUGAUGUAUUUGUUUAAGUGGCUAACAUCCAAACGAUUGUUUGAAGGCAUCAGUAAUCUUCAGUGUGGAAUGUUGAAUAACGCUUUUAUACUGUAUUUUGUACUAUGAUGUAACUUCCCUUCCUUAUGGCUAGGCUGCUGUAACACUUGCCUGUAAUCAGAGAAGGGCUGUGCACCUUGUACUAUUUCACAAUGGGUUCUGCUGGACAGAUACUGGGCCAGUGUUAUUGAGGUAAUCAAGCAAGAUCUGUUCCACAGGGCUAAUGCCACCAUCUCCCGUUAAAAUUUUGUAGAGGUUAUAAAAAGAAAGUGGUAUGUUGUGUGAUGAUCAGCACUCAGUCCUGCAUUCCUGUUAAAGCCACUUGGGUCAAAGGGAGUCAAAAUGAAGUCUGACUAGGAUUCUGCAGAAACCAAGUACAUUUAGUAUGGCAUUGAGUUGUGAUAUAGUUUUACUUUGAUGUGCAUUUUGAAUUUCAGCUACACCUAGAUAGACGUAAAAUGAUAAUUAAAAUGCUGUAACCAACUUAUCUAAUAAAAUUGGCAACCAGCCGCUAUUUUGUUGACUAUGAGAAAAUUUAUGUUAAUUUUUAGGGUCUUAUAGAAUAUUUCAUGUGUAUUACAGUGGUAUUCAUAUGCUAUGUCUCUAAGCUUUAUUUUCAAAAGUUUAAGGCCCAAAUACAAACUUCUCUGGAAUAAA